GCCUGAUGGACCAGGAAGAUAGCAGGGAGCUUAUUCUCAAUACAGGCACUCAUUGAGAAGUGAAGGCAGACUACCCUUCUUUCUGAUUACCCUUGUCAUGUGAACACUGUGCCAGGGGCGGACUGACAACUCAUGGGGCCCCUGGCAAUAGGGGAUCAUGGGGCCCUUGUGUCCUCCCCCACACUCAAACCACACCCAAAAAAGCCUAUGAAAGGAACUAGGGGCAUCUCAUGGGGCCCCCUACUGACCCUGGGCCCUCGGGCAGUGCCCAAGUGCCUAAAUGGUCAGUCCGCCCCU